UGUUCCUCUUCAAAUGAACUAAGGUAUGGGACGUGCGUGAGAUAGGUAUUCAUCCCAGGUCUAGACAUUCCAGAUGGCUUGGGAAAGGGAUUGUUCAAUUAAAUUUCUCAAUAUGUACAGUACCCCCCUUUCCUUUUUCCCAGCAGCAGCGAACCACUUCCCCCUUAUCGGAAUAUCCUCGUUUCCCCCACCCUCCCCGUUGAGCAAUACCCAUGCUGAAGAGGGCCUGCUAAGCUGUGGAAAUGUUACAAGCAAGUGACGGUGGGUUGCUAUGGAAAGGCCUCAUUCGUUGGACACACGCGACGAACGCGAUGUUGCGGAAGUUGGGCGCCCUGCAAUUUCCGACGCCACUGCUACAACUGUUGUUUUUUGCUCUAUUUAACGGCUCAAUCAUGGGUGUGAGGGGAGGUAUAAUCUUUUUCUGCUGGUUCAGAAUCCCUUCCAUCUCUUCCCUAAACGCUGUUCAUGCCUACCACAAUACCAAGCCGUCGCUCCGCAGGAUGUCUCGUGUGUCGCCUCAGGGGAAAGGGAUGCACACGUCCUCCCGGAAGCUUUGCCUGCACGGACUGCAACCGUCUUCGGUUGCGAUGCCAUGAGCGAGUAGGGCCUGUCCCAGUUGGGCUAAGGCGUCACUAUGCUUGUGAGGCUGCUCACGAAGAGAUCCGCCAGGCUAUUGCAACGGCGACGUCUCGCACCACUCACCAUCCACUGCCCAUGACUGAGAGCUUUUCGCGUUUACUGGAACGGGCCACGUUAAGCCGGUUCAAUACCCGAGCCACCCAGGCACUCCGAUACCAGGAAGCCUCAUCUCAACGCCAGAUUGGACUAG